UCCUCCUAUCUAUACAAUUAUGUGACUAUUUCUUUGCCGACACACACAAGAUUUACUCGGCUUCUAGGUUCUUCAACUGGGGUCAGCUCCGUUUGAUCAAGCUUGAAAUUGUCCUUGCAAAUAAUAAUCAAUCUAUUUAACACGAUCCUUAGCUGGCCUGGCCACCAUAUAUUUGAAUCUUCGUUUCUUCUUUUUUCAUAUUGCUACUCAAUUUGAUACAAUGCUAAGUUGCAAGCAACCAACCAAAUGUGCACUGAAACAUCAUGUUGCAGCCAUGGCAUUCCCAUUUGGCAGCCACCCUAUUGCUCUCCUCAACCUAGUCAAGAAGCUAGCAAUGGCCGCCCCAGACACCCAGUUUUCUUUUUUAAGCACAGAAGACUCCAACAAUUUUCUCUUCUCGGCAUCAAAAGCAACCGACCUUCCUAAUAACAUAAAACCCUGCAAUGUUUCUGAUGGUGUGCCAAUGAAUCAGGUCUUUUCAGGACCUCCAAUAGAAAGAGUGGACCUAUUUGUAAAGGCAACACCAGAUAACUUCAGAAAAGGCUUGGAAUUGGCAGCAACAGAGAUGGGCCAAAUUAGUUGCUUGAUAACAGAUGUUUUCUUGGUGUUUGCAGGAGCAAUCGCGGAGGAUUUAAAUGUUCCUUGGAUCCCACUUUGGAUAUGCCUUCCUCAUUCCCUCUCUGCCCACAUUUAUUCUGACAAGAUUCGUCAGAUCUGUGCUAGUGGUGGCAAUGGUGGAGAUACUGAGUCAUCAUCUAAGGGAAAAAUCCUGGAAACUAUUCCAGGGUUAGCUAAAAUCAACAUUGAGGAUUUGCCUGUUGAAGCAUUAAAUGAUAAAAAAAGCCUCUUUUCUAGCAUGCUAAAACAAAUUGGAAAUGUGCUGCCACAAGCUACUGCUCUUGUUAUGAGUUUUUACAAAGAACUUUACCCCGAAUCCCUGUUAGAUGAUCUGAAAUCCAGGUGUCCAAGCUUGCUUAAUGUGGGUUUUGUGACUGUUACAAUUCCACCACCACCUUUGCCAUUGUCAAAUACAGAUGCUACGGGGUGUCUGUCAUGGCUGGAUAGCCAAAAAACCAUGUCCGUGGCUUAUAUUUGCUUUGGAACUGUGGUUAAUUUCCCUCAUAAUGAGAUUAAGGAAUUGGCAGAGGCACUUCAAGAGAGUAGAAUUCCAUUUCUGUGGUCACUGAGGGAGAAUUUAAGGGGGAUUUUGCCAGAUGGUUUUACUGAGAGAACUAGCUUGCAUGGAAAGGUCGUUCCAUGGGCACCUCAGGCCCAAGUAUUGGCACAUAAAUCAAUUGGUGUACAUGUAACACAUUGUGGAGCUAAUUCUGUGUAUGAGAGUAUAGCAAAUGGGAUUCCAAUGAUUUGUAGGCCUGGAGUUUUUGCUGAUAAUUUGACAAAUGCAAAAAUAACAGAGGACAUAUGGAAGGUUGGUGUGAGAGUUGAUGGUGGCGUCUUCACAAAGAACGGGGUAAUCAAGUGCUUGGAGCUCAUCAUGGUUCAUGAACAAGGGAGAAAAAUAAGAAGAAACGUUCAAGACCUUCAAGAGCUUCUUUUGCAGGCUGCUGCUCCCAAUGGACAUGCUGCGCAAGAUUUCAAAACUUUGGUGGAAAUUCUUUCAUCAAACCAUGCACUUAAUAAUUAGUUGCAAUUGGUAUGCUUAAAUAAAUCACAUGUAAUGAGUCAUGGUUCAAGACUGUAUCUUUUCUUGCAGGCGCAAACAAAAAAAAAAAAAAUAUAUAUGUAAUUUUAAUAUAUUAAAUAAUUAAUUAGGUUUCAUCUUUUCCA